CAUUCUUGCAAACUGUCAAGUGGGUACGGCUGGUGCAAUUUCUUUUUACACGUUGAAAGUAUAUAUUAAUCAUCAAUUGUGUACAAACUGUGCUUUCUGUGAAUUAGUUUAAGUGAAAUAAAUUAUAAAUUAAACACAAAUCGUCCAAUACAGCUGUAUAACAACUAAGCAUGUCGAAACGUACUCAACCAGAUUGGCUGCCACCGGCUGCUACAGACCGGCCCAAAUUGCGUCUCUUCAAUAGCUUAACAAGGCAAAAGGAAGAAUUCGUGCCACUAAAUGGAAAUAACGUUACUUGGUAUAGCUGUGGCCCAACAGUAUACGAUGCUACGCAUAUGGGACAUGCAAGGUCAUACAUUUCUUUCGAUAUUCUACGACGUAUACUCUCUGACUAUUUCGGUUAUAACAUUUUUUAUGUGAUGAACAUUACCGAUAUUGAUGAUAAAAUCAUCAAACGUGCAAGACAAAAUUAUCUGUAUGAAAAAUAUGUGAAGGCUGCAACAACAGUAUCACUCGAUGAUUUACUAGCGGAUCAAAAAGAAGUUUUGGAACAAUUCAAUGCAAUCUGCCGAGAAACAAAUGAUCCUAAUAAAAAACUAAUGUACGAACGUAUGCUAAUUAAAAUGAAUGAUGCAAUGGAGACGCUUAUUAUGGCUGUGGCCAGUAAUGACCCAGAGAAAAUAGAUGAAGCGCGCGUAUUGUAUUUAGGAGAAGCUAAAGACCCUAUAGCCGAGUGGUUGGAUCGUAAAGAAGGUUCAACUAUAAAGGAUAACGCUAUAUUUGAAACACUGCCACGUUAUUUUGAAAAUGAAUACCAUAGGGAUAUGGAUGCGUUAAAUAUAUUACCGCCAGAUGUACUUACACGUGUGUCUGAAUACGUGCCGCAGAUAGUAAAGUUCAUAGAGCGAAUUUUCGAUAAUGGCCUUGCAUAUAAUGCUAACGGUUCUGUUUAUUUCGAUGUGAAUGCCUUCGAUAAACGUGAAAAGCAUCAUUAUGCAAAACUUGUACCAGAAGCAUAUGGCGAUACGAAAUCUUUGCAGGAGGGUGAAGGUGAUUUGUCAGUUACAGAAGAUCGUCUCUCCGAAAAACGUUCACCGAACGAUUUUGCGCUUUGGAAAGCCAGUAAAGCUGGUGAGCCUUCAUGGGAGAGUCCUUGGGGUUGGGGUCGUCCCGGUUGGCAUAUCGAAUGUUCUGCUAUGGCCUCCGAUAUAUUUGGCUCAAUGUUUGAUAUACACACAGGUGGUGUCGAUUUAAAAUUUCCACAUCACGAUAAUGAAUUAGCUCAAUCCGAAGCCGCUUACAAUCAAUCAGAAUGGGUGAAAUACUUUUUGCAUACGGGUCAUUUAACCAUUGCUGGUUGCAAAAUGUCGAAAUCAUUGAAAAAUUUCAUAUCGAUAAAGGAAGCGUUGAAGAAGAAUACUCCCAGUCAAUUAAGACUUGCAUUUUUAUUGCACUCAUGGAAAGAUACUCUCGAUUAUUCGCCGAACACAAUGGAGAUGGCCUGUCAAUACGAGCGUUUCAUGAAUGAAUUUUUUUUGAAUGUAAAAGAUUUAACACGUCAUAUCGAAAAUGGUACACCUAGCUCGAAAUUUGGCGUAUGGACCGGCGCCGAGGCUGCCUUACAAGAUAAACUGAAAUUGACACGGGAGGCUGUACAUGCAGCUUUAUGCGACAACAUUGACACACGUAGCACACUGGAUGCGUUACGGGAUCUCGUUGCCGUCGCCAAUGUAUAUAUUCGUGAUAAUAAAGACCAAUUAAAUUGUCUUCUAUUACGUCGCAUUGCUGCAUACAUUACGGAUAUGCUGCAUAUAUUCGGCACAAUUGAUGGACCAAGAGGAGGUAUAGGCUUUCCUGUCGGCAGCGGUGGAAGCGGUAAUGUGGACAUUGAAAAAACGCUAUUACCCUAUGUAGAUGCUGUAGCAGAGUUUCGAAAUAAUGUACGUGAGGAAGCUAAAACGAUUAAAGCUAAUGAUAUUCUGCAAUUGUGCGACAAAUUGCGGGAUGAUGUUUUACCCAAUUUGGGUGUGCGGCUGGAGGAUAAAGAAAAUGGCAAAUAUGCUGUCAAGUUGGUAGAUCGUGAAGUGUUAUUGAGGGAGCGUGAAGCGAAAAAACUUGCUGAGGCGGAGCGUUUAGCUGAAAAGAAACGUAAACAGGAAGCUGCUGCACAGCUUUUAGCUGCAAAGGAAGCGCAGAAACGGAUAAAACCACAGGAAAUGUUUCUUAGUGAAAAAGAUAAAUAUUCGAAAUUUGAUGAAAAUGGUUUGCCAACACAUGACGCUGAGGGCAAGGAAUUGAGUAAAGGUUUGAUAAAAAAAUUAACUAAGUUACAGCAACAACAAGACGCCCGUUAUAAGGAAUAUCUUACUGCAGCUACCAAUGCCAAUAAUUAAAAACUAUUUGUUACUCAGUUACUAGCACACACACACUCACCACAAAAUAUCCAAU